ACAAUAGAAGCACGUUAUCAAUAUCGAUGACUAAGAUCAGAAACGGGCACAGAGUGCAGCUUGGAGGGGACGAUUUGUUUCACGCUGACAGGUAGUCGUAGUCGUUAGCAGGCAGGUAGCUCAUCGUGUUUAGCCGCGCAGCUAACAGGAGAAGACACAAACAAACAGCUACAAACCGUGACUCAGCUGUCAACAUGGCUAUUGAUAAAUCUAAAGUGGCCGUCGGUUUCAUAGUGGCAGGUGUCCUCACCGUCUUCUUCGGGACGGUUCUUGCGUUUGUGGGACCUUUAAUCAUCGACGACCAGAUAGUGAAGAACACAAUGAUCGACCCAAAGAAUGAAAUGUCAUAUACCAUGUGGAAGGACAUCCCUGUGCCAUUCUACAUGUCUGUCUACUUCUUUCACAUCCUCAACCCGAAGGAGCUCCUGAAGGGAGAGAAGCCCAUGGUGGAGCAGAGAGGACCUUAUGUCUACAGAAAGCGAUGCCAGAAAGACAACAUCACAUUUCACCCCAACAACACAGUGUCCUACAGAGAAUACAGGAAGUACUUUUUCGAGCCCGCCAUGUCUAAUGGGACGGAAUCCGAUUUUGUGACCAUUCCAAACAUGUUGGUGUUGGGUGCAGCGGUGAUGAUGGAAAAUCUUCCGUUUGCUGUGCGUUUGAUGAUCAGCGCCACUUUCAAGACAUUCAACGAGGGGCCCUUCCUGAACAAGACAGUGGGGGAGCUGAUGUGGGGUUAUGACAGUGGUCUGGUCGAUUUCCUCAAUACAUACCUGCCCGGCAUGCUGCCGUCUUCGGGAAAGUUCGGUCUUUUUGCAGAAUUCAACAACUCCAACACUGGUCUGUUCACCAUUUUCACUGGAAAAGACGACAUCAGGAAGGUGCACAAAGUGGACUCCUGGAAUGGCCUGACAGAGCUAAACUACUGGAGGACUCCUCAGUGCAACAUGAUCAAUGGAACAGCUGGGCAGAUGUGGCCUCCCUUUAUGACAAAGGAAAGCACGUUGCCUUUCUACAGCCCUGAUGCCUGCAGAUCAAUGGACCUUGUUUACCAGCGUCCUGGCGAGAUGCAUGGUAUCCCUCUAUAUCGAUAUGUUGCGCCCAAGACCCUGUUUGCCAAUGGGACAGAUUACUCUCCCAACGAAGGCUUCUGCCCCUGCAGACAGUCCGGCCUGCUGAACGUUAGCAGCUGCCGUCACAACUCUCCAGUCUUCAUCUCUCAUCCCCACUUCUUUAAUGCUGAUCCUGUGCUACUGGACUACGUGCAGGGUCUUAGUCCCAGUGAGGAGAACCACGGCCUCUUCAUAGACAUCCACCCACAAACUGGUGUGCCUCUGAACGUAGCCAUCCGCUUGCAGCUCAACCUCUACAUGAAGAGAGUGUCAGGAAUUACAGAAACUGGCAAGAUCUCUGAGGUAGUGAUGCCCAUGAUCUGGUUUGAGGAGAGUGGCUAUAUUGACGGCCCCAUCCUCAAAACGUUCCACACAAGCCUGGUUGUUCUACCUGCUGUGAUGGAGUACAUGCAGUACGGCUUCAUAUCGCUUGGCCUGGCGACCAUAAUAAUUGCUGCACUGGUGCAUUACAAAGUGAAGAAGUCCCGCACAAAUACUGCAAACAUCUCCACAGAGGUGGAAAAAACUGGGAAAAAUAAAUUGGACGGUAGCGCUGCAUCAGAAGGAAACACAAGCACUUCAUCUGAAGAGCGAGACACUCUACUACCAGACAAGACAGACUGACACACACUCUAAUAGACACACCCAGCUGGUGCUGUGGACUCCUGACGACUAAAACCAUUCCAGUAUCUUGAACUGAAACACUGUCACGAGCUGCUCUGCUCUGUACAGUGAAUCAGACUCAAUUUUAUUUUACUGCACUGUAAAGUUUAUGAAACUCUCAGCCAAAGACUCACUUCAUAAAACAUGUUCGUGUGGAGGCUGAUUUGUCUCUCGAGGCAAAGUGAGUGGAGAUCACUGAAAACCUGUUUUUGUAUAAACAACUACCAAAAGAAAAAAAAAUGUUUUAAAUGUGUUCAUUCUGCUCUUGAUGGGAACAUUUUUAUGACUUGACCAGGAGCAGUAGAAGACAGUUGCUGUGGUAGACAUUUUCUGUGAUUUUAGAGAAAUUAUAAUCGGAAUCAGAAAAACAUUAUUGAUACCUGAGGGGAAAUGUUUCUGUAUUAACAACAAGGGAAUGAAAUGGCAGAAAAGCUCAGUCUCUGUGUGACAGCUGCCAGGUUUACAGUAUUUUACUACCAACGUGCCUUUAAGAGGAAACAUUUCUUUGUUUACUCUGGCUGACUUCCAGGUCCUUGUAUUUUACAUUUGCUGUUUAUGGAGAGGAGUUAAAUUUGCUGUUGAGCCUCAAGUAGACUAUCAAGCACUCUUCUGACAACCAGCAAGAGCAAAUG